CGUGAUUCAUUCCCAACUAUGGCACUUGUGAUAAGGAAGCCGUUAAGUCACAUUCGACCCUUCCUUCUCUCAACGACGGUCAUGUUGACGCAAUCAGUGAUCACACCUUCAUAAUAAUAAGCUCUUUUUGGAUCAUCUGAGCAUUCUGGUUCCUUAUGGUCAAUUGUGGGAAACCGCCACAUUCGGUGGCAGACCAGCCGUUGUACGAUGAGGUCAGUUCUCAAUUUGCGGCCUGGUCAGCCGCGAUUUGCUGUGUGUUUGGGAUCGUGGGCAACGCAACGACCCUAUUUGUACUGAUGAAAACCAGAAGCCUUCGCCGUCAUCCAACCACGCCCUUCUUGGUGUCUUUGGCUUUCUCAGAUCUGAUCUUCAGUAUCUUCAACUUGCCUCUUUUGGCCCACAGAUUCUUUCAUCGCGAUUGGACGCUCAGUUACAAAGCAUGUGUCGCUUUCCCGUUCUUCAUGUACUCGAAUGUGGGCGUGUCCAGCCUUAGCAUGAUGCUCAUCAGCUUGAACCGGUUUGUUGGAAUUUUUUAUCCAAACAAAAUGGACAAAAUCUUCACCCAAGUCAAGUCAUGGCUGAGUGUUAUUUGCCUUUGGAUAUUUUCCUUCACCGUGCUAAGCUUGCCCUUGGCCGAAGUGUGGGGCCAGUAUGGCUACGUCAAGGCCACAUUCAGUUGUACCUUGCUCGAGAAGAAUGGCCACACACCGUUGAUCUUCUUCUCUCUGAUAUUCGUGGGGAUUCCUUGCACGGUGAUGAUCAUUUCCUACAGUUUUAUCUUGUAUAAAGUGCGGGCUACGGGUCGAGCCAUCCGGAAUUUCUCGCAGUCCACGGAUGCCGGUUUGGAUCAGAGCUCGAGUGUGGGACACAUGACUCGUACACGAGAAAAGGACUUGACCAAAACAUUUGCCAUUGUGUGCUCGUGCUACAUCGUCAGCUUUAUCCCCGUGUCCAUACUAAGCAUAUUUGAUCCAAUGCCGCCGUGCUACAAAAACCCGGGUUGGCACGUGAUGGGAUACGUCAUGUUUUGGUGCUCCGCCAUUGUCAACCCUAUUGUUUAUAUCUUUGCCAACCGGCACUAUCGCAAGCACUUCUAUUAUUGCAUUCAGCGGCUCUUGUGUAUGAACCCUGAAAAACCCACAUCUAGUACUGUCUAUUCUCCCACGUUCACCCCACAAUCUACCACUAGAUCCAGGCGAAAAGAGUUUCCAAGUUUGCCUCGUGAGAGAAGACACGUGCCAGAAUUUAACGGCCAAGACUCUCUCGAAAUGGAAGUCCUGAACCCUCCCAGAGAAACGCCAGAGCACCUUCAAAUGUGGCAACAAAUGAAUCCACCAAGGCAAAGUGGUUCACCAAUUGGUUCACCAAUCUACGAGAAUGUCGAUAGGCAGACGUAUCCCAAAUCAUUGUUGGUGACGGAUCUGGAUUCAACCACAUUUUAUAUCAUGGUCGAUCGUGAGGAGUCGCCGUUGUACGAUGAGGUCACUUCCAAAGUGGCCGCAUGGUCAGCCGUGAUUUUUUGUGCACUGGGGAUCUUGGGUAACGCAACGGCGCUCUUUGUUCUGAUCAAAAACAAAAGCCUUCGUCACCAUCCCACCACGCCAUACUUGAUAUCGUUGACCCUCAUGGAUCUGAUCUUCAGUGGAUUUAACUUGCCUCUUUCGGCUCACAGAUUUUUUCAUCACGGCUGGAGCCUUGGCGAUGAGGCUUGUGCCGCCUUUCAAUUCGUCAUGAACUGCAGAGUUGCCGUGUCUAGUUUGAGUAUGAUGGUCCUGAGCUUCAAUCGGUUUCUCGUGCUCUAUUUCCCCGUGUCUCUGGCAACGUUUUUCUCUCGACGUCAGUCGAGUUUAUGUGUUCUCGGCCUUUGGGUAGUUUCCUUGGCGGUCCCGGGAUUACUUGCUUUUUUCCAGAACGACAGCCACCACGCCAAUCUCAGUGAUUGCACUUCCAUCAUGAACAAAGAACACUCGGCAUUGAUCUCUGAUCCCUUUGCUUUAUUUGUGGGGAUUUCGUGUCUCGUCAUGGCCAUCAGCUGUUGUUCCAUCAUAUGCAAAGUUUGGGCAUCAGGCUUCUUCCAAACCACGGAUACCGGCCUGAGACAAGACCGCAGUGUUGGACAGAUAAAUCGAUCUCGGGAAAGAGACUUGUCUAAGACCAUUGUCAUAGUAUGUGCCUGCUUUAUCAUAUGCCUCAUUCCUGGGUGUAUUGUGAGGACUAUACAGGACUAUAGAGGUGUGAAAACGGGCUGGCGGGUGUCCGCGGAAGUCAUAUUUUGGUGCUCGGCCAUCGUUAACCCCACAAUUUAUUUCUUUGCCUACCAAUACUACCGCCAGCACGUCUUCUACAAUGUUAAGUGGUUACUUUGCAUGAACCCUCAAGAUCCCACCUCGACAAAUAGCAAUCCGCAGUUCAUCCGCAGAUUACGAAGCAUCGUCCACUGCUCAAGUUCGCCAACAGACAGAUCAGAUCCUGAAGAGCAAACGCCCCUUGACACGCCAGUACAUGAACGAGAGACAGUCCAGCAAUUCCGGAGAUCGGAACCAGUGAGACUGACUUUGACUAACUCAAGGUCAUCGCAACAAUUGCCUAUGUAUGAAAAUGUCCGUUUGCAAUCGUUCUCAACCUCGGUUACGGUUACAGAUAUUUGAUCAAAUCUAGCUAUCUUUGGAUCAUAUUGACCAUGAUAGCAUCUGCUCAAUGAACAUCCUAGUGCACUGAUUUACACUUACAAAAAUACGCCUUCAACUAGCUGGACUUAUCAAUUCCAGAUCAACUGGCAACAAUUAAUGAUACUUCUUGUUUCAAAGACGUUUAUUUUCACGAGAUGGGCAAAGGCUUUAAAUCCUGGAAGGAUACAUCAUAAGCCUCACUCGCUUUCCCAUGGCUUGGGGAGGGAGGUUGCGCGCGAACUUGGCACGAACGGAUCCGGUGUUUCCAUGACAGCGGGUCACUUUGCCCCAAAUCACACGCAUGUGGCUCUUCUCGGACUUGCCGUGGAUGGAGGUCUUGUUCUUAGCCUGGAAGUAAAAAAUGUACACAAUUCAUAAUAAAGGUUGUCAAGACGGACAACAUCUAACGACUUCUUUGCGAUUUGGCUGGAUAAUUUUGAUCCCUUCACACUAUCAUCAAGAAGAAACAAUAACAACAUUGUUAUUUCUUUUGAAAUUGGCAAUUAUCUAAAUUGCAUGAUGGCGGAUUUCAGCUUGAUGAAUUUAAACUUAUAACGCCUUUUUAAUUAAGGAAACAGUGAAAUAAAUAAAGAGAACAGUUA